AUGCCGGAAAGAGCGACCAUAAGUGAAAGUAAAGUAAGAUCAGAAUCUCAAAAGGGGAAAAGGGCUGUUGCAGAAAGUAAUGAGAGCAACGUCUCUGGAAAGUCAGCAAAGGAGGAAAGAUCCACGGAUAGGAGUAAGAAAGGACAAAAAACAGAGAAGGAAAGUGCGAGGAAGGAGAAGGGGCAGCCGAAGAAGAAGGGGCUGAUGCACGCAGGAUGA